GGUGACGUUCAAAUAUCACGGCACGUGACGUCGCAGAAGUGGCGGAGUAAAAAUUGCGAGUGAAGGAAGUGACGUAAGCCUCGCACGUGCGCAGAACGGAUGCGGUUUCCGGUACCAUUCCAUAAUAUUCCGAGCGCAACAAACGAGUCCGGGCGUCUUGUCUUGCUUAUCAAUGUGAACGCACUCAACAGAAGUGUAAGGACGCGAGUCAGCCAAUUGAGACGUUCCGGUGAUUUGUUUCCGGCUGCUGUAGCCCACAAUGCAUUGCGGGGUGACGUCAGUGACACAGCUCUAGCACGUGACUACAUAGAGACCGCAACCGCGAAACAAGCUUUUGGGAGCAACAUGUCAGCACAGUCCAAAGAAAGGGAAGAUGAGGACUUUAAACAGGAGACGGUGACAUCUUCUACUGCUGCACCGUCCAGACAAGAAGCCGUCGAGGACAUCCCAGAGACCGUAGAUGACUUUCUUAGGAACUUCCUGCAGAAACUUGGCCUGAGACGGACUCUGGCCUCUUUUGAGGUGGAGUGGUACGACUCGGCUCACAAAGUCCUGACAGAACCCUUGUCCAUAGCUCCUCCGGCGCCGGGCGUUCUUGUCUUCCCUGAUGCCGUCACACACAAGCAGCUCCUUCAAACUGAACUAGAGAACGUCCACAUGGACACCAAGCGCUUCAAGCAGGACGUGUUGUCAGCAGGGGACAGCCUGGUGAGGAUGCAGAGGGACAGGGACCUGCACCAGCUGCACCACCGGCGAUGCUUGGAAGACACGAAAUGUCUGCUUGAGGACAUAAAGCGUCUGAAGAAGCGCCUGGAGUCUUAUGAGCCGGUGCUGAGACAUCUGGAUGACAAGUACCAAGCGACCCUGAGGCAGAAGAUGCUUCUCAGUUUGGAAAGCCAACGAGUGCUGAACGCCUCUGAAGCGAAGCCGAGUCAGGACCAAACCAAGACGGAGAGAAGCAGCAAAAAGAUGAGCAGCACCCCCAGACACCCGAAGGACAGCGAGGUUCCGAUCUACAGCAGACGCUUGCAUGCGCAACAUCCACAAGACAAAAGAGCACAUUCCUUCAGUCUCUUGUGUUCCAUCAAAGCCCACCAUCUUCCAAUCAGCUGCGUCAGCCUUCAUCCACAAAAAAACAUCCUUGCUUCUGCCAGCGACGACUGCAGCUGGAGGCUGUGGAUGCUGCCAGCCAGCAGAGAGAAGGUGGGCCAGAUGGUCCUGACAGGUGAGGGACACUCUGAUUGGCUGUCAGGCUGCAGCUUUCACCCAGAAGGAACCAAACUGGCAACAACCAGCGGAGACGCCACAGUGAGACUGUGGGACUUUUCUUGUGGACGCUGCGUGUUGACAUUUUCUGGUCACAGCCGUCCCACGUGGGGUUGCUCCUUCCACUCUUGCGGCCAUUUCCUGGCGUCCUGCUCCUCCGACAAGACCGCCAAGCUGUGGGACCUCAACAGCCAGCGUUGCCGCCUCACAAUGCGCCGCCACACCGCCUCCGUCAACAGUGUCUGCUUCCAGCACCUCUCCAACACUCUCCUCACGUCCUCGGCAGACAGAAGUGUGGCCCUUUGGGACAUCAGGAUGGGGGUGUGCACCACCUCCUUCCAUGGACACCGGCAUCCUUGCAACCACGCCACCUUUGGCCUUGCCGAGGAAGUCAUGGCUUCCUGUGACACACGUGGGAUAGUCAAUGUGUGGGACAUCAGGACGCCCGCCUCGCCUGUACGCACGAUAGACGCUGGGCCGCUGGGCGCCAACCAGGUGGCCUUGAGUCCGUCAGGGAAGACGCUGGCGGUGGCGAGCAGCGACGGUUUGGUUCGAUUGGUGGACGUGGAUUCCUGCAAGGUCUGCAAGCUGUCAGGACACACGGACAGCGUCAACACUAUCACGUUUGACCACAAGGGGGAGACUGUCAUGUCAGCAGGGAGUGAUGGUCUCAUUAAUGUCUGCACGUGACACAUUUUAGUCUUGUCAUUUAAAAACAACCAUUUUGUUCACACACCAAAUACUGUACUUCGUUUACUGCAUCAACAUUUUAAUGUUUAAAUGUGUCCCAUGAAGCUUUGUGCUUUAUGUGACUUCUAGGAUACAUUUUGGAGUGGUUGUCAUGUGACUAUCCCGGGAUAAUAGCGUCCCUGAAAUGGCAGCGUCUCAGGUAAGCUAGCUCACUUCCAAAAGCGUAUAUGUACUUUUAUGCUUUUAAUCACGAAGGCUUGAGUGAGGACAUCCAGGCUGUGCAAAAAUGCAUGUAUAUGAUAUUAUGUAUUGUAAGCAUAACCUCCUGGGCGGAGGUAAAAAAAAAAAAGUUACGAGAGUUAUUGCCCCUGAAUUACAGGUAAAAAAUCGCCUACCCAAUGCUUAUAACUUAGAAUUGAGCAUGAUUUUUUUUUUAAAUAUUUAAAACCCAAGUUGCCUUGAAAGGCAUCUUCUUCUAAAAGCAGGCCAAAAUUUGGCUGUAGCAAGUCAUCAAAAAUAAUUACCUGCUAAAUCUUAAAGUCUUGAAAAAGAAUAGAAGGCAGUGAAUUUAAUUUGAAUAUUUUUCGAGUGAAUUUCUUACGCACAUGUAUGCAAACAAAGUGUUGCUGGGCUACAUAGACUGUGUUCGAUUAGUAUUUUUUUUAGGCCCAACAGAAAUAUAAAAAUAAAUAUCUAUUUUGAAUAUACAGGGAAAAAUAAAAGUGGUUGUUAUACUUACAACCAACCUGAUGAUUCUUGCCCUUGUUUAAUGGCCAAGGGAUCUGCACCUCUGUAUCAGCAACCCAGUCAUCUCCAUUCAUAUCCUCGCUCAGCUCUCAUCCGUAAUUAUAUGUCUAGUCUCAAUUAUUUCGUCGUCAUUCCUUUCAAAGAAUUGUACGACCGCAUACUUCAUUCGGGUCAUUGUGUUAGGGUAUCAAACUUCACAACAGAUAUCUAACGCUUGAGUAAUCAAAUAAAAUAAACGUGUCAGUCUUCUUGUGAUCUUGUGAAAGAGACAAAGGAAAUUCCCGCGCAUUGCAAGAAAGCGGUUUCAACCGACCUUUUUCAUUGGUCGAUAUGUAUUGCCGGAGUCCUUUUGACCCAAUGAAAGUUGUCGGUUCUCAGAGGGAAGUAGCACACACAGAAAAUGGCCGAUGGUAAACAAAGUAGACCAAAACGUAGUGACGCUACUUGACUGACCAAGAAAACCCAACAAUUCCAAAACAGUCGAGAAGAAGAUGGCAUGAAACAGGUGUGCCAGCAAAUUUCCAUGACACGCCUACUGUGGAUACCGUUGCGGACUUGGACUACGAAGAGGAGGUACAGCCUGGAAGUUCCGCAGAAACAACCCCAUCAACGCUGCGUAGUGAUACCAUCUCAAGUGACAGCAAUAUCACUGAGAUUGUGAUAGUACUGUGCAGAUGGAACAUGAGAAAUUUUGUAUUAUUUUGAAAUGCAUUGUUGGUAAUUUGUGUUAUCAUAAUGGCUGUGAAUGUGAAGAAAAGGCACUGCUUUUUGUGAUUGAAGUAAAUAAAUCUUCUGACAGGCUAUUAUAUUCUGUUAGAGAACUGCUGAUAUCUUCUAACAGCUUUACAUUUAGUGGCCAGUGGCGUAAGCAAGCUUUAUUAGUAAGGCCCCUGGAUGAACACCACAUUGCACCUACUGUAGCUGAGGUUGGACUCACAGUCUUCCCUCCGGCACCCAGCAGUAGAAUUUUGUAGACGUACCUGUUCAUAAAUAAUAUAUAAAGUAAAAAGUGCGACUUGUUGUAACCAACAUUUAUUGAAGCACACUGCAGGAAAGUUAUGUGAUAUUCAUUAAUAGGAUGCUUUUCUCAUCACUAUGAUACUAUGACAAGCAAAGAGACAUGAAGAAUAGAGCGAGGUACACACAGUGGAUUCUUCAGUAACCCUAGUGUCAGUCAUGCGCUUUCAACUAUAUAUGUGUGUGUUGGUCAUUGGGCAAAGGGUUAGUUAACAAAGAGUGAACGAGUGAACUCCACAAAGUCGAACGCUGACGGCAGCUCACGGCCCUUAUUGUCAAGGUAGGGUUUCAUGUGUGAGAGGCAAUAAUCUGCUUGCUCCUUGGUCAGGUUCUGAAAAGGGGGAGCAAAAGCAGACAUGAAAUAGCAGUUUUCACAGUGAAAACCAUGACGAGAGGAGCACUGAGCUGACCUGGUACAGCUCUUCCUUGGUCACGUAGGGUUUGUUCUCGCUGCUUAGGGCACGGAAGGCGCUCUCAAUCUCCUCGCUGGAUUUCACGUUUUCUGUCUCACGGCUGAUCAUGAAGGCCAUGUAUUCUUGGAGCGACACAUUGCCGUCCCUGCAACACAGACAUCAUACUUAACUAAGCCGUCUUCUGUCUGGAUCCAAACCCAGCUGUCUCUAUGCAAACACAGUUUCACUGCAGAAUUACUACGUACUGUAUGUCCUGUUUCUUAAUGAGCAUACAAAUGGUCCACCCAGGCUUGACAAUAAAUCUUCCAUUGAUUGUAGUUAACAAUCAUGGCUUUAAACUAUUAUUUCAGCCAGUGACAGACCUGUUUGGAUCCACGGUGUCGAGUAUGGCCUCAAACUCAGGAUCAGGUUCACCCUCUUCCACCAUGGGCAGGUCGUAACCUAGCGAGCGCAAGCAUGACUUGAACUCCUGGUGGUUGAGACGGCCGGACUUCUCUUUGUCAAAGUGUCUGUAGGACCACAAGGGCAGGUUAGAAGGUGUGUUCAGAUGGAGGAACAAAACAAUGGGAGAUGAAGGUCAAAGUCCCAUACUUGAACAUCAUGCUGAACUCCUUCAGAGCCUCCUCUGUCACUCCAGUCGUGUUCCUGAAAGUCAAAGCAAAAAGUUGUCAGACGCUGAGCAAAUGAACUUUCCCAACAGGUGGCCAAACGUGGCUGUGAAGGACAUCAGACCGGCGCAGGACUUCAAUUUAAAACUUUAAAGAGACUAACUUUUUUUGCACCAGAAUCUGAAAAAAGGCAGACCACUCUUGUCAGGUAGAAGAUCUUUGAUUAAUUUUUUUGCUUUGCUUUUUGCAAUAGAUCCUUAAAAACAGAAGAGUUUGUGUUUUUUUUUUUUUUAAGUACGUAGCAGAGCACUCUGCCUUAUUCAGGAUCUUUGUUAAGUGUUUUUGGGUUUUUUUUGCGGUACGUCCUUGAAAACGGAAGAGUGCUUCUGUCAUGUUGAGGAUCUUUGACUGGCAUUUUUUCAGUAGGUAGAGUAUUCUGUCUUACAGAGGACCUUUGAUUAGUGUUAGUGCUACUUAAUUUUUUUAUUUUUUUUUUGCUGUAGGUCCUUAAAAAUGGAAGCACGCUCCUGGAGAGGAUCUUGCAGUAGGUCUUUAGAAACAGCACGUCUGUAUAAGUAAAGGAUCUUUGACACGUGUUUUUGCAGCAGGUCCUUAGAAACAAAAGAGCAUGCUGUCUUAUAAAGGACGAGGACCAUGCAGUAUUAUACGUCCUUAAAAACAGCAGUGCUCCUGUCAUAUAGAGGACAGACACACAUAGUGUGUCUGUUUCAGUUUGUGAUUUUCUGACAUCAUAUAUGACUUUAUUUGCCAUUUACUGAAGUAAAAGUGUGAAGUGAAUAUGUUAGAGAAGUCCUUAGUUCUCUGAAGAUGUGGCCCCCCUAACAAUUGAGCUGAAUAGCCCAGUGUUAGGAGCACGCUCCAGUGCUCCAGUGGAAAUGUGUUGGUGCAUGAUAAGUAAAGAGGUAAAGGGUGUGUAGUAUUGUGUGGAUUGUGUACCUGGCCUGUAUCUGCUGCUCCAGGUUAUGCUGCAUCCUCAUUCCCAGCUGGUCCAGUUGGUCCCACUGCUGGGCCAGACCCACUGUGCUGUGUUCCGUGUAUUUGUUGUCCAAGAUGAGCGCUUCUUCCAUUGCUGCACCCAAGUCUUCAAUCUUCUUCAGUUGGCUGCGCAUGGCGCGAAUCUCCUGGUGUUUACGCUACACACACACACCCACAAUCAUUUGACAUGAGUGCUUCAAUUUGACAAACACGACACACAAAAAAUAAAGUUGUAUGUGGAAAAAGUGGAAGAGAGCAUGUGUUAAGUCUAUCAAAGUAUUGAGGUGAUGGAUUAAAGCCAGAUUGUAUCAUUCCUAUUCCAUAUUUAGUUUUCAGAUCAAAUGUUAUACCAUAAAGCUUUGUGAUUAGAAAGUGACAGUGUUACUAGUGUUUGUUGUUACGCAAUGAAACGUAGAAUAAAAACAAUGAUGCUUCUGUGUGUGUUUUGUGUGGAUGUGGCUGAUGUACUGUAUGUGCUAACACAUAGAGUGGCGAUGUUGCCACCACUGCUGUAGCUUUCUACAGUAUGUUUUCCCUCAUAAAAGACCUAAAUUUCACAGACAUGUCUUUUUGCUUGCUGACAUUAUUCCUGUUUUUUUUUUUUUUUUUUUUAUGA